AUGGAUAGAAUGAAAAAGAAAAUGGGUUAUGAUUAUGCUAGAGGUAAAGAUGCAAGUAAAAUUCUUAAUUAGGCUAUUAAUAGAUAGACUGUUUCAAAAGCUGGAUUAGGAUUUGAUGAAUAAGAACCUAAAAAAUAAAAAAAGAUAUAAUAAUAAUAGAAUAAUCCACAAAAUCCACAGAAUUCAUUCAAAAUACUACGUGUUGUUACUUUGGCCUAUAAAAUAUAUUGGAUAGUUUAAGAAUAAAUGGUAGGAUUUCAACCCUUAUGAAAAUUAUGACAAUUAUGCUGCUACUGUUGCUGUACCUGGUUAAUUAAAGAGGGAUUAAGUUAUUUAGCAUUUUUAAGAAUAAAUGAAUGGAUAAUUUAGAGCUGGAUUAAAAUCUGGAGGUAUUGCUUAGACAACUAAUAAGUAACCUAUUGUUAAAUUUAUAAAUGAUACCAAUAAUUAAUCUAAUUAGAAAUAGAAGAAAUAAUGA